CUGGACGUCAUUGCGCUAAGCCCAUUCGAGCCUCGAGUGAGCUUCGUCGAGCUGUCGAUGCAAGGUGGCACCAGCCAGGGCCAUUCCAUGUUGGUUGUGCCUACUAUCCGGUAAGGGAGCAUUGGCGAGAUUUUGGACCUCGCGCAGAAUAUCUAGCUGAACUACUGCCACUCAGUCGAAGCAGUUCCCUCGCCCGAAAUCGCAUGCCUGGACCCUCUACUUGCCGCGCUGCGUGACAGCCCUACGGUGCAGAGAGCCAGAGAGAGACACGGGUCCAUCGCAGACACAGAACAGGCACACCAACCGACAACAUGACCUUUCCGCCAUCAAUAUCCUGGGGCCUCAGGCUGGUCCUGGCCAGCUCAGCAGCAGUUAUGGCGAGCUCAAGUGUGAACAUCGGCAUGCAAGCGGCCUUCCCUGCGGCUCCCUUCCUGUUGGAGCUCAUCGAGACCGCUGCGUCUGAAAAUGCAAGCAGUUACUUUCCGCUCUUCGAUCAAGUUGCCAGUCGACGUUUUGAACAUUUUACCACGGAGGAGGCUGUGUAUCAAGCAUUCGUGCAACUCCUGCAAGAUGAAGGGCACGUUUCCGGUCCUGAUGCUCUGUCGACCUUUGACAUGGCACUGUCUCUACGAUCCGCCUCGCCGCGCAUUGAGGCCCACUACCAAUACUUCGAGACGACUGUUGCGCCCGUUAUAGGCGCCUGGGAAGGGUGCCCCAACCUCGUCUUGUUUAAAGGGCACCAGUAUUGCAGUCCCACAUUGAACAAACCGAUGUCUGAGAAUAGGAUUGACCUGGGCAAUAUCGACCUGCCUUUCGACCGCCCAGUGGGAGCUGGUGAAGACAUAGUCCUGUAUGCGGAUCCAACCUCCGAGUCUUUCGGGGCAUUCCAUACCAUGCUUUCGAUUGCAGCGUACGACGGAGCCUUGAGGUACAAGUUGCGGUAUCGUCGCAGUCCAAACGCCAGCCACGAACCGUUGCCGGUCAGCGGAUACGGGGUGGAACUCGCGCUGAAAAGAACCGACUACAUUGUCAUUGAUGAUCGAGAGUCACAGCGCGUCGGGUCUCAAGAACGACUGACCGCUGGGACUACCUUUGAAGAAGAAGACGACAUCACAGAUGUGAAGCCACUUUCUACGUCAGAACUGGCGGAAUUAGGGCUCAAGGCUGCGACAUUCAUCGUCGAGAGCGACCAGCCAUUGAAGAACCUUGUUAGACUCACACAAGAUAUUCCCAAAUUCGCAGCACUUAUCGCCACCAAGGAGAGCUCCGAUGCCUUCGCCAAGGAGCACAGAAGUAACCGACAGAAACUAGUUGCCCCAGGUGCAAACUAUCUGUGGAUGAAUGGUGUUCAGCUCAUCGAGAGACAAAUCGAGCCGUUCAACUUGGUGGAGAUGACCCGCAAAGAACGUAAGCUUCUCCGCGGUGUCCGCGAUCUUGGCUUUACUGGUAGUGAGGCGGUCGCGUUGAUAGGCCACAAGGCCGUGGCCGCUUCCAAAUCGGAGACCGGCAGUCCCAGGUAUGACUGGACGGAUAGGACGGAAGAUGGCCAGGCCAUCAUCUGGCUGAACGACUUGGAGAAAGACGAACGAUACACCAAGUACCCGAAAUCCGCAAGAUCGUUGCUUCAACGGACAUAUCCAGGACAGCUCCCGCCAAUAGGACUGAACAUCUUCCACAUAGUGCUGCCUGUGGAUCUUGGUGAUACAAAUGACCUCGAGGUCAUCAAGCAGGUGCUGAGUCUGAUGGAGCGGGGUCUGCCUGUUCGAUUCGGUCUGGUACCAUUGACGCCUAAUGCUGAUGCCAUUGCAAGGGCUAAGGUGGGCUACUACAUGACAGGCGAAGAAGGAGGCGAAGCUUUCGCGGAAGCCUUGAAGGCCGGUCGUUUUGACACCGAUACACAAGCCCUCUUGGCAACUAUGGACCAAAAGCCACCCGUUGGCGAUGACUCAAAAGUCCUUGGCGAUGUACUCUCUUCCAAGGAGUAUGACCAACACAUCGAGUCAGCACGUCAUUGGCUUCGACGGCUCAGUGCCAAUGGCCAGACUCGAUCCAUCUUCGUCGACGGCUUUGCGAUACCGCGCGAGAGGAAUUGGAUGCAAGCGGCCAGCCUGAAGUUGUUUGAAGGUUUGCAAGUCCUCCAGAUGGGAUUAUUCCAGGGCACCAUCGCCGAGACUGCUUGGCUAGCGGGUCAAUUAUUGGAGGAUGCUGCUGUGACUCGCAAUACCUACAUUGCCCCCGAGGACGAAAAGUCAUUGAAAGUCCUAGACGUCAGUAAGAUCUACACCACACAUGCGGGUCUUUUUGACCACAUUGCUGUGCUUCACCCUCAAAAAGGAUCAAGCCAAGAGGACUGGGCGUUGCUCACCGUCAUUGCGGACUUGUCCACCCAACAUGGGCAGCAGCUUCUAGUAGCGGCGCUAGGCUUCCAGCGCGAGAACCCUGGCGUUCGUCUGGAUGUUGUUCCUAAUCACCAUCUCACAUCGACAGCCUACAAGGUAAAUAGCGCGCUGUGCAAGACGAGGCUGGAAAAGUUGGGCGAGCAAGAAACGCUCGCUGAGGCUCUUGACACGGUCGGGGACGUUGAAGACAACCCUGCCUUCAACAUGGCCCUCCAAAACUUCCUGGACGAGGUGCAGCUGCCGCAUGGUAAGCAGGCAUUACUGUUCAAUGGCCGGCUUAUCGGCCCCAUUGCGGAAGACGACUUGUUCGUUCAAGCGGACUUUGGGCAACUGUUUGAAUUCGAGAAGAAGACUCGCUUGCAGCCGGUGUAUGAGGCACUCAAAGACUUGGGUCUACAGGACAAGCUAACCGAACCACUGGCGGCAGCGAAGGUGACGUCUCUGACCGCACUGUCCACGAUCUCGGACCUGCCCGAGGGGAUAUUCGACUCUGCUCCCACAGUUCGUUCGACCUUGUAUGACGAAUGGGCGUCCAAGCACACGGCUAUUGAGACGGGCGACCCCGACACUGCAAGUGUUCACCUGGUGGGCCUGCUAAACCCGCUCAGCGAGCAAGGGCAGCAAUGGGCUCCUAUCCUGGAAACCUUGUCACAGCUCGACGGUGUCUAUCUGAAGCUCUUCAUGAAUCCCAAAGAGAAGAUCGAAGAGCUGCCGGUGAAGCGAUUCUUCAGAUAUGCUCUCCAACCGAAGCCCUCUUUCGAUGAGGCUGGGCGGCUGAAGCCCAUCAACGCAACCUUCAAAGGCCUGCCGUCAGAUACUCUGUUGACAACCGCCAUGCAUGUGCCCCCGGCGUGGCUUGUUGCUCCGAAAGCGUGCGUACACGACCUAGACAAUAUCAAACUCAGCUCUGUCAAUGGCGAUGUUGAAGCGCUCUACGAGUUGGAAAACAUCCUGAUUGAGGGACACUCCCGAGAAGCCAGAGGAGCGCCUCCAAAGGGAGCGCAGUUGGUUCUGGGCACAGACGCGCAGUCGAGCCUGACAGAUACCAUUAUCAUGGCCAAUCUUGGGUACUUCCAAUUCAAGGCCAACCCAGGCUACUACGCCAUCAAACUAAAAGAGGGAAGAAGUGCAGAUAUUUUCACUAUCGACAGCCUGGGCACACGUGGUUGGGAAGCUGCGCCUGGAGAUGAAGGCACCCACGUUGCCGUGAUGGACUUUCAGGGCACGACAUUAUAUCCACGCUUGCGACGCAACGCUGGCAUGGAAACAAUGAAUGUACUCGCUGACGAUGAGGCGGAGGUUGAAGACAGUGUCAUCUCCAAAGGGCUCAAGCUGGCCGAAAGUUGGUUUGGCGGUAUAUCGAAGAAGGCGUCGAAUUCCAAUCAGGAGCAUGCCGAGAUCAAUAUUUUCUCGGUUGCCAGUGGGCAUUUGUACGAACGGAUGCUGAACAUCAUGAUGGUAUCGGUCAUGCGCAACACCAAGCACACUGUCAAGUUUUGGUUCAUUGAACAAUUCCUGUCACCAGAGUUCAAGGAUUUCAUCCCUCAUCUCGCCCACGAGUACGGCUUCCAGUAUGAGAUGGUGACCUACAAAUGGCCGCACUGGCUCCGGCAUCAGAAAGAGAAACAGCGCGAAAUCUGGGGCUACAAAAUCCUGUUCCUGGAUGUUCUCUUCCCGCUCUCACUCGACAAGGUCAUCUUCGUGGAUGCUGACCAGAUCGUCCGUACCGAUAUGAUUGACCUCGUCAACCACGACUUGGAAGGGGCGCCGUACGGCUUCACGCCCAUGUGUGACUCACGCACCGAAAUGGAAGGCUUCCGGUUCUGGAAGCAAGGCUACUGGGCCAACUUUCUUCGAGGGCUGCCUUACCACAUUUCGGCGCUGUACGUUGUCGACCUUGGUCGCUUUCGCGAACUCGCCGCUGGCGACAGAUUGCGCCAGCAAUACCACACAUUGUCUGCCGACCCGAACAGUUUAUCGAAUCUUGACCAAGACUUGCCCAACAACAUGCAAUUUCAGAUCCCGAUCCACAGCCUUCCCCAAGAGUGGCUAUGGUGCGAAACCUGGUGCUCGGACGAGAGUCUCGCCAGCGCGAGGACAAUCGACCUGUGCAACAAUCCCGAGACGAAGGAGCCCAAGCUUGAUCGGGCAAGGCGGCAGGUUCCAGAGUGGACAGUAUAUGACGAGGAGAUCGCGGCCCUCGACAGGCAACGCCGUGGAUUGGGUGAGAAGAAGCCAACUGCAAAUAUCAACACGAAAAGUCGCAAUUUCGAGGAACCACCACACACGAAGGACGAACUAUAAGGAUAUACAGUUCAGCGUAAGCCCAGAAAUAAAAUGCAUAGAGUUCUCAGAAUCGAAUUACCCAAUAUAGCAUUACCAAAGCGUUCGACUACACCUAGUCCACCGCCAGGGACUUCCGUAGGAGACAACAUGGUAAACACGUCGAUGGGCUCAGUUAUACCCGCAACCGUGUCGCUGCUAUAGCCGCAUUCGAUGAAAGUUGAACAUAGUUUCAAAGUAUUUACUAGC